CUUCGACUACAGUCUCCGUCCUUUGCAAUUCAUUAGCAACUAUGAAACAACCAGUACAUAUCCUGUUGUUGCUCCUAACAUUUGUUAUAUCGUCAGCAGGAACAAUCGCACUCACCUUUGCACCAUGCUACGCAACGUUUUGCUCCGAGGACUAUUUCGAAUUCGAGACAAGGUUACACAUUCUAGUCUACUUUGGCCUAGUCGCCGGCUUCGGCUGUUUCCUCCUCCUUCGAUCUUACACCACGUGGGCUCAUACCCUGAGUGGUUACCAUCUUUUUCGUAUGCCCUUGGGAGGCAAACGAGUCACUGUUGGUGGUAUCUUAGCUUGUGUCUGGAUUUUGGUGGUGGUUGCCUCUACGACUCUCUUUUGGCUGCCUGCUCAACGGGAUUUCUGGGGUUUCAGAGCUGACCCCUUGGGAUGGGCGAGCGCCAAGCUUAAACUCACGAUUACGGGAGUCACUGGCCAUUAUGCCGAUAUCCUUCUUGGACUACUGGUCAUCCCUGUUUCAAGAAACAGUCUGCUUGGCAGGGGGUUCUCGUUGCAUCACAGCACGCUUUUAUACGCGCAUAAGAUCGUUGCAUACCUCUUCUCAGCAUCAGCAACCGCGCAUGGAGUUACCUACAUUGCGCAGCUCUACGCAACAGAUUCCAGCAGCGAGGGCGACGAGGCAAAGGAGGAAGCAUUCGCAACCGGCAACCCAGCAAUGACUCUAUCGGAGAGCAAGCAAAGAAGCGAAUGGUUCACUAUGACCACAUACACUGGCAUAGGUGCCAUAUUGCCCGUAUGGUUGAUCAUAAUCACCUCACUUCCAUGGAUUCGGAGAAAUCACUACAACUUUUUCUACUACAACCACGUCAUUUUCGGUCUAGUCAUCUUCAUUGGGGCGUGCGUCCACGCCAGUACUGACUUUUAUCUCCUCCUUCCUGGACUAUUUCUCUGGGUCGCCGACUGGGCAUGCAGACUUUUUGGCGGACAGACGGGCGGUAUUGCCUCGAAGACGGGUGCAACCUUGGAAAAUGCAGGCAGUAAUUGGCUCAGAAUUUCCACGCAUCUGCCAGUAUCGAAGAAAGACUCAGGAAGCACCUAUGACCUCGUCCAAGAGAAGGGAGAAACUCUGCACGAACCUCUCAGCUACUACUAUCUCAGUAUUCCAUCCCUCAGCAAGUUUCAGAAUCACGCUUUCACCGCAGCGGUUCCUGCUUCCACCAGAGCUGGUCCCACUUUCCUCUUGCAGCCCACGACUGGAAAGAAGCAAACGAGGCUGGACAAGGAAUGGACUUGGAAGCUGGGCGCACUCGUCCCCCAAGUCUUUGAGAGUAAAGCUGUUGAAGUCCGGGUUGAAGGGCCUUACAGUGUCGGUGACGACGGUUUUAAAACGGCUGCCCACAUCGUGUGUGUUGUAGGCGGAACUGGAAUCACUGGUGCCUUGAGUCUCGCGGCAUGGUGGCUGGAGAAAAGACCAGCGAACUCGACCUUCACUCUUGUAUGGGCUGUGCGGCAAAGAGAGGCUUCGACAAUUACGGAGUGGACUCAGCUCCAAGAGGUGGCUUCUUCGGUUCCAGAGCUUACUGUAGUUGCACACGUGAGUUCAGAAAGUGGGCGCCUGGAUCCUACAGCAUGUAUUCGUGGAGCUCUCGUUGUCGGACAACACACAAAAGUGUACCCGGUCGGACAUGCUUGGGUGUAUGGCUCUGGUCCGGCAGGUCUUAUUGGCACUGUUGAGAGGGCGUGCGUUGAGACUCAGAAGGGCAUCAUUGCUGGCAGAGGCGGGAGAAGUACCGACUCAUGGAAAGUACGGGAUCUCGGGUGGUACAUGGCGAAGUGGGAGGUUUGA